AUGCCUCUUCCUCAGGUCCCUUCAGCCGGAUGUGCAGGUUUGGGGGGGUGGGUUGGGAUUGAAGCUCCAGGGACCGUGCUCGGGCUAAUACGCAGGAUCAGUGUGGUCUGUGAUCAGAAUGAGCUGGGUGUGUGUGAGGAGACGGAGGAUAGAGGGUGCGGCGGCCUCAUUACGGCCGGGUUCCUGGGCGGCGGCUCCUCGGACACGGCUCUCGGUGGAUGCGAUGGCGGAUGA